AUGAAAGGCAUUACCAGCACAGCAGCCGUUGCAUGGCUACUCUUUUCGAUUCAUGCAGCUGUGGCACAAGUCAACAACUCCGACAACAACGUGGCAACCGGAUCCAUCGCAGCAACCACCAGCCAAGGCCUACACAUCAUAAAGCUCAAACAACAAAACAACAAUGACACAACCACAGCUUAUGAACCAAGCCAAUUUAUUCGGCAGCAUUUGGCCAUGUACCGUAUGAAGCAAUUACAAGCAGCUGGUAGCGAAAGCAGUGGAAAUGGUGGAGUGAGUAUGCAAGCAGCCAAUGCACAAGCACCAAACAUGGAUACAAUUCAAGUGGGCAAUGGAUUUUCAGCUGUGGUGGGAGCCUUUGAUCCUGCCUUUGCUGAAUACUUACACCAAUUGGACGCCAUCGAUUAUGUGGAGCCGAAUCAAGUGUACAAGGUGCAGGCUGCUGUACCAGGGUCACAGCAUGUGGAACCAGCACCAAGUUGGGGCAUUGCACGAAUCAAUCAAAGAGAUGCAGGUGGUGACUUGACGACGCGAAUGAUAGAUGACAAUGCCGUUAUAGGAAAUGGGGUACAUGUGUAUGUUUUUGACACAGGUAUCAACACCGAGCAUCCCGAUCUCAAAGGAAGAGCGUUUCACACCGCCAACUUUAUUGAUUACGAAGACGACAGUGACACAUCCGGUCAUGGCACCCACGUGGCUGGUAUCAUCGGCGGGUCCACUUUUGGUGUAGCACCACACACCACUAUUCACAGCAUUAAGAUUCUUGAUGGUAGCGGUGAUGGUACCACUGUUGAUUUGAUCCGAGCUAUUGCCAUGGUUAGUGCAAAGGCCGAGCGUGGCAAAAGUAUCAUCAACCUAUCAUUGAGUGGGCCACGAUCCAAAACGAUUGAUGAUGCCCUUACAAGUGCAGCUGUGGAUCACGGAAUUCCAGUUUUUGUCGCCGCCGGUAACACAGGUGACGAUGCAUGUCAAUACACGCCUGCUGCAAACCCAGCCGUCUUUGCUGUAGGCGCAUCAGAUCGCCAAGACAACGUUGCAGUGUUUAGCUCAUUUGGCAAAUGCGUACGUAUGUAUGCCCCAGGUGUUGAUAUCACAAGCAGCUGGCUCGGUACCGAUAGCCAUAGCAUGGAUGGUACAAGCAUGGCCAACCCACAUGUUGCUGGCAUUGCAGCUAUGUUACUUGGACAAAAGAGCUAUCCAUCAGUGAAUGAUAUCUAUCAAGAGCUUAUGAAUCUUGCCAGCAAGGAUAUUCUACACAUGUCACCAGCAUCCAAGGACUAUGAUAAUCAUAAUCUCCUCGCCUAUACCGGAAAGCUUUGA